AUGGUCGCUGAAGAUUACGAGGCUGUCCUCAAGGGCAAAUACCCAGGCAAAGACCAUGCCAAACGUGUCGUGGACCUCAUUCGCAAGGAUGUCCCUGAUGCCAAUGGUAUUCUAUACCUCGAGAGUCAAGUCACUCGAAUGAUGGAAGAUAGCGACGAGCCCGAGCCCUUCCGCCAGCGCCGAUACUUCUACUACCUCACCGGCUGCAACCUCCCCGACUGCGCUUUCAUCUACGACAUCCAAUCCGCGAAAUCCACACUCUUCAUUCCUCCCAUCAACCCCGACGAUGUCGUCUGGUCCGGCCUCCCCGUCAGCAUCGACGAGGCCCUCGCGCAAUACGACGUCGACGAAGUAAAGCUCACCACCGAGCUCAACGCUACCCUCGCACACCUCGGAUCCGAGAACCCCAAGUCCUCAGCCUUUGCCAUCGCGAACCAAGUCUCCGACCACGUUUCCUUCAUCGGCUUCGACAACAAGAACUUCAACGUUUUGAAGACCGCUAUCGAGACGUCCCGAGUGGUCAAGGACGAAUUCGAGGUUGCUAUGCUUCGAAAGGCGAACUAUAUCUCUGGCAUUGGACAUCGCGCUGUGUUUGCGAGGGCCAAGACUGCCAAGAAUGAGCAGGAGUUUGAGGCGGCGUUCAAGGAGAGAUGCUACUCUUAUGGUAUUAAGAAGAUGUCGUAUGAUCCUAUUGCUGCCGCUGGAAGAGCUGCUGCUACGCUGCACUACGUCCCGAACAAUGCGCCUUUGGAGGGCAAGCUCAACCUGUUGAUGGAUGCUGGUGGCGAGUGGAACAACUACGCUGCUGAUAUUACACGAACAUUCCCCCUCUCGGGCAAGUUCACUAAAGAGUCUCGCUUUAUCUACGAGACCGUCCUCAAGAUGCAAAAGGAGUGCAUUUCAGUUCUCAAGGAGGGUGUUGUCUGGGACGAUGUUCAUCUGCUCGCCCACAAGAUCGCCAUCGAUGGCCUCCUCGAAGCUGGCAUCCUCAAGGGCGACAAGGAUGAGAUUCUCAAGGCUCGCACGAGCGCAGCUUUCCUCCCUCACGGUCUAGGUCACUAUCUUGGCAUGGACACCCACGAUACCGGCGGCAACCCCAACUUUGGCGACAAGGAUAAGUUGUUCCGUUACCUGCGCGUGCGGGGCACUCUCCCCAGCGGCAGCGUUGUCACUGUUGAGCCUGGUAUCUACUUCUGCAAGUUCAUCAUCGAUCCUUACCUCGAGGACCCCGUGCACAGCGAAUUCAUCGACAAGGACGUUCUGGACAAGUACUGGGAUGUCGGUGGAGUUCGCAUCGAGGAUAACAUCCUCAUCACCAAGACGGGCUCUGAGAACCUGACCGAUGUGCCAAGGGAAGCUGAUGAGAUGGAGGCCCUGGUUUCUGCAACCCCCGUCGCACCGGCAACUCCGUCCCCGCCGCCGGAAUACAGUGCCUACCGUCCCGAGUUCGGCGCCGGCCUAGCACCGCCUCCGCGGCCUCUACGCCCGGUCCGCUCGGCGACGAAUCUCACUGGCGCCCAUGCACCGCAGCAGUCGGGGUUCUUGGACCCGAGGGGGAAUUACCAGGUUGAUUUUGUGGUUGAUGAGAUUCCAAGUCCGACCUCGUUAUCACCUGCGCCUCUGAGUCCUGCGCCGUCAAAUGAGAUCAGAAGAGUUAAGAGCUCAUCUGCUCUAUCAGCGAGGUUGGACGCUCAAGAAGAGAAACCGAAGGAUUCGUCGAAAUGGAAAGCUGCGCUUGGAGAAGCGCAGUAUUUCGCUGGGGGUCUUAUAAGUCACCCUGCAGAGUCCAACAAGCAUUUCAGCAUCAUUCGGCAUUCUCACGCUCUGAUAUGGUACAGAGGUCCAGCGACUUCAGUGCCCAUCACCAUCCUCUCAGACGAGCCUCUCCCGCCUACAAGGACUGUGUGGUUACAACAGAAGGGAUAUUCAGGAAACAUGGGAAUGACGCUUAAAGCAAUGAUGGGAACGACGGGGACUUGGAUCGACGUCACGCCCGCGACAAAAACAGGCGUGGAGCAUAUCUCUGAGGCAGAAGAACGUGGUAUACAGCGCGAUUUCAAGCGUUUCGUCAAGAAAGCCUCUGGGCGGAUGAAGAAACACCUCCCGAGAGAAACACACAUCAUUCGCAUCCCCGCCGCAGCAACAGAUGGUUAUUUCCGCCUCGUUCUCUGCUCCAACGCCGAUGGGAAGAAAGUCCUCUGCGGCAGUCCCGUCUUCCGCAUCGCCAGCACAUCCACAGACGUAAGCACCGUUCGCGGCUCAAGUCUAAGCACCAUGCCUUUAGAAAUGGGCAUCAAAGUCGCUAGCACGAUUGGGUCACAGGUAGCAAAGAAGUACACCGGCGUCGCAGGCGCAGUCGUCGAACAGGGGGCCAAGAGACUCACGCCUGCGAACGCUACUAUCAAGAAAGUCGCUACAAAAGCGUAUCACGGGAGUGGCAUUGGAAAUGCAGUUAGUGAGAGUUGGAAGAAUGGUAAGGCCGGACGGUAUGAUCCGCUGAUAUCGGGGGAGGCGAUGGAGCCGUUGACGAUACUUGGGAGUGACGAGGGACCUGAGGCGCCGUUUCCUUUCAAGUUUGCGGGCAAGGUUGUUCGCGGGACGGGGAUAUCAACUCGUGAGUUGGGAAUACCGACGGCGAAUUUGAGUGAGGUUGGCGAUGAGGUCAAGAUGCGAAUGGCCGGUGUCUUUGCAGCGUGGGCGCGCGUCCUCCCACCGAAAGAAAGCGAAGAUUUCGACGAUGACUGGCACGAAGCAAUCGUCACCAUCGCACCGCUCCGCAACGCCCCUCCCGGCGUGGUUCUUCGAAACAAAGUAACAGUUCACAUCCUACACGACUUCUCCGACACACUCUUCUUCGACCUACGCAUGAAAGUCAUGCUAAUGGGGCACUUGCACCCUUUCUCGCCCAAUCUCAGCAACGAAGCCUUCUUGGAAGAGCACACACGCGAUGUGAUGACCACGGCAGCGAGUCUGGGGCGGGAGAACUGGGGUCCGGAAGUUUCUGUGUCGGCGGUCAGGGCUGUCAAGAGCGAGAAGGGGUUUAAGGAGCGGUUGGGGGAUGCGACGGGGGUGGUGCAGAGCCAGAUGGACAGGAUACCGAAGCAUUGGGUUGGAGUUAGGAGUGAGGCUGGAGUGUUGAGGGAUCAGGUUUAUGGGAAUGGCGGGUUGUGGGUUGAGAGGUGA